AUGACUGGCAAUGAUAUAUUCCGAUCAAAAAUUUAUAGAGUCAGCCAGGUGAUAAAGAAAUAUGCAUCGUUUAUUGGGCCAGGAAUUAUGGUCUCUGUUGCAUACAUGGACCCAGGGAAUUAUUCGACAGCGGUUUCAUCAGGAGCAAUGUACCAAUAUAAGUUGUUGUUCAUAGUAUUUAUGUCAAACUUGUUUGCGGUGGUUUUGCAAUGUUUGUGUGUGAAAUUGGGAACGGUGACGGGUCUUGAUCUUGCAGAAAUGUGUCGUAUGAACUUGCCAUAUACUGUGAAUUUGUCAUUAUACGCGUGUGCAGAGUUAGCUAUCAUCGCUACCGAUUUAGCAGAGGUCGUAGGAACAGCGAUUGCGUUAGAAAUUUUGUUCAAUAUUCCAUUGGUAUAUGGGGUUCUUAUUACUAUAAUUGACGUGUUGAUUGUGUUGAUGGCAUAUCAUAAAGAUGGUACCAUGAGACAAACCCGUGUUUUCGAAAUUAUGGUGACUAUUUUGGUUUUAGCCACCUGCUUGUGUUUUAUUUUAGAAUUAUUUAAGUGUGAUUUCGACGAUGGUGCCGUCAGCUCUAUAUUCAAAGGAUUUUUGCCCAUAAAUAGGGAAAUUUUCAAAGAACUGAAUGCCCUUUUCUUGAGUUGUGGAAUAGUCGGAAGCACUGUGAUGCCACAUUCAUUAUUUUUGGGCUCUGCAUUGGUGCAAUCAAGACUCAAGGAAUACGAUAUUAAAAAUGGAAUCCAUAUUGAGCAAGAUGAGGAAGAUGAAGAAUUGAUAGAGGAACAACCAGUGCUUCCUGCUACUACAAACAAAUUUAGAAGCAUAUCGGAUGGUAGUAGCUUGGCUGGGAAAUAUAGACCAUCAUACCGUGCUAUUCAAUACUGUCUAAACUAUUCUUAUAUAGAAUUGGUAUUAUCGCUCUUUUUGAUUGCUGUUUUCGUCAACUCUGCAAUCUUGAUUGUUGCUGGUAGCACCUUAUAUGGUAAACCAGAUGCUGAAGAUGCAGACUUGUUAUCCAUAUAUGAGAUGUUAUCAUACUACAUAUCGCCAGCGGCAGGUUUGAUAUUUGCUUUAUCUAUGUUGUUUGCAGGUCAGAGUGCAGGUAUUGUGUGCACUAUGGCAGGUCAAAUUAUUUCAGAAGGUUUCAUUAACUGGACAAUUAAACCGUGGAUUAGACGUAUAAUAACCCGUAUUCUAGCCAUAAUUCCUGUGUUGGUCGUUAUUAUUAUAUUGGGACGUGAAGGGGUUUCUAAGAUAAUGAACUCAUCACAAGUUGUGUUGAGUUUUAUUCUACCAGUUGUUAGUGCUCCUUUGAUUUGGUUCACCUGUAAAAAGGAAUUUAUGGUUGUUUAUGACACAAGUGAUCUGAAUCAAACUGCUAACGAAAAUACUGGCCUUUUGAAUGCCGAUGAGCUGUAUACACAAUCUGUACAUGUUAAGAAGGUAACAUUUGAGAAUGGUCAUUUCUUGACUAUUGCUGCAAGCUUAACAUGGAUAAUUAUCACAUUUUUGAAUAUCUACUUGAUUUAUGCAUUUGCAAACGGUGCAGACAUAUAG